AUAGUCAAUUAAUUAUUUUAUGUAUUAUUUAUAUAAUUUCAAUAAAGUUUUGUUUGGCCAUCACUCUGAGUGAGUGCAGACAUAAAUUAAUUGAUUUAGUAGAACUACAGCAAUACAAUUUAAGAAAAUGGAUCGGUGGCAUGAUUGUAUCGCUUUAGUUACUGGAUCAUCGGCAGGAAUUGGAAAGUCAAUCGCUAUUGAAUUGGCCCGUCAAGGCAUGAUUGUUAUCGGAUGGGCCAGGCGUUUAGAAAAUUUAAAAAUUAUAGAAAAUCAACUGUCAAGCGAAGGGAAAAUUUUUGUUGGGAGGAAAUGUGACGUAACUCAAGAAACUUCUGUCAGUAAUGAAAUUGCUUGGAUCGAAAAAACUUAUGGAAAACUACAUGUUGUUGUUAACAAUGCUGGAAUUGGAAGAGUUGCUUCACUGACUGAAGGUAAAACACAGCUAUGGCAAGAAGUUAUUGAUGUGAAUGUUAUUGCUGCAGCAGUUAUCUCAAGAGAAACCUUAAAACUUAUGAGAAAGUGUGGAAUAAACGAUGGACAUAUAUUUUUUUUAAAUUCUAUUGUUGGUCAUUACAUUACACCAUUGAUUGGGGCAGGAAUGUAUUGCGCUUCCAAACAUGGUAUAACGUGUAUGGCUGAUAUGACACGUAAAGAACUAAUUGCAAGCGGUUUCAAAACUAGAGUAACUAGUAUAAGUCCUUCGUAUACUAAGUCUGAAAUAUUUGAAAAGUCAGGAAGAAAAGUUUCAGCUGAUGAACCAAUGCUCGAGUCACAAGAUAUCGCUAAUAUUGUUGUGUGGAUUUUAUCCACUGCACCGUCAGUUCAAAUCACAGAAGUUAUAGUUCGACCAACAGGUUCACAAUUUUAAAAAAUAUCAACAAGAUUUAUUUUUUAUUAUGUAUAUACUUCAUAAAUAAUGACAAUUGGUAACAAUUUAUUAUCCAGCGACUUACUGAAUUUUUCUUCUAUUAAAACAUUUUUUUUCUUGUUAAAAUGUAAAAUAAAUUGUUUUUCUGCUAUAUCAUCUUAACUUCUUUAUUGGAAAUUUUUUUUUUUUUUAUGAUUAAAUGACCAAUUUUAUUGUUAAUAAUUGUAAUUAAUAUUGGGUUCAACACCACAUAUUUAUAUUUUUGUCAAAUAAAAAUUGUUUGUCUUUCACAAUAUUAUGUAUUAUGUAGUUAUUAACAGAAAAAGAAAAAAUUAAAUUAAUUAAAAACGAUUAAAGAUUAAUCAUGCUUUAACUAUUAGUAUUUUCCUGCUAUAAUUAAUCUAGUUAGAAAUGUAAAAUAAUAUUCUUAACAAAUAAUUAUUUUUCUAGGAGUUAUUUUUAACUACCUUAUAAUCAUUUAUACCGGUAAUUAUUUUAAUAUUAAAUAAUAUAUAAUAAAUUUUUUUUUAAUUAUACAAGUAAUAUAAUUAUUAAUUUUUGCACU